AAAACAAAAAAAGAUAAAGACAAUCAAGAACAACCAUCAACUACAUGAAAAAGAAAAAGAGAAAAAAAAGAUAGCUACUGAAAAACAUUACUACCCAUUUUCAUUAUCAUCAUCCUCUAAUAUGCUUUUCCACCUUCUUCUAACCCAUUUUUCCAUUGCAGGAUUUAUUGGAGUUGAGGAGUCCCACAAUCUUUAUGUUCUGUUUGUUUUUCCAUCACUUUUUCAAGGCUGUUCAAUUGGAGUUCCAUCUUCAGGUUGACAUGAUUGUCUUGACAGAUGGAAGUCGUAUUCUUGGCCUCGGUGACCUUGGAGUUCAGAGAAUAGGAAUACCUAGAUUGGAGGGAGAAGAGUAUCUAUCAAUUGUUGAUGAAUUUAUGGAAGUCGUGCAUACAUGUUGGCCUAAAGCUAUUGUUCAGUUUGAGGAUUUUCAAAUGAAAUGGGCUUUUGAAACAUUACAACAUUAUCGUAAGAGGUUCUGCAUGUUCAACGAUGAGAUACAAGGAACCGCUGGUGUUGCUUUUGUUGGACUAUUGGGAACUGUGAGAGCUCAAGGGCGACCAUUGAGUGAUUUUGUUAACCAAAAGAUAGUAGUGGUAGGAGCUGGAAGUGCAGGGCUCAGUGUUCUUAACAUGGCUAUUCAGGUUGUUUCGAGAAUGGCAGGGAACAACGAUUCUACUGUAAGAAAUCAAUUUUUUUUUCUAAUAGACAAAGAUUUACUUUAUCAAAAACAAAGAAGAAAAGGAAGGGACCACAAGAAAUCAAUGGUGGAAUCGAUCAGGCAGACUGUGGAAAAUUACAACUCAGUUUUUGUAUUCACUGUUGAGAACAUGAGAAACCUCAAGUUCAAGGAACUCAGGGAGCAGCUGAAGUCAACUAGCUAGGCAAGUUCUACUUCCUGAAUUCUGUAUUAUUUAAUCUGCUUCAUCAUUUCAAAUAUUGAUUAGUGAUACAAAUGUACUUCCUCUAUGUUGUUUGGUUAGCUUCUAGAUAGCACGAGAAAAGAUAUGAAUAAUAAAUAGCAUAUUUUAAAACUCAAAAGAUAAAAUCAUAAUGAAUAGCAUUCCUUAGGAGAAAGGAUGAGAACGCAUUGUUUCUAUAAACCUAAUUUUAGUUUUGCCUGUUUGAAAUACUUGUGUAGUUUAGUUUAGUUUAGAUAUAUAUUUAAACUAGUACGUUAAAUAAUAGCUUGUCCUGUUUGUGUUUGCUAAGUUUCAACUAAUACUCUCAUAUUUAUCUUUGUGCUUGUGUGAUAGAUUUGUUAUGCAUUGUAGUGAUUUGGGUGUUUUCUUAUUUUCUGCAUCUUAACUACCUUAUUUUUUGCAUCUUAAUUGCUAACGAUUUAGGGAUCUUGUCCUCUUUGUUGAAACAAAAGUGGUUGUUUGAAAGAGGAAUUACUAUUACUAUUACUAUUAUGUCAAAUUACACAUUAAAUGAAAAAGAAAAUUACCAUUUCUUUGAGUGUUAUGUAAUGGUAGUCAAGUAUAAUAGUCAUGCCUCUGCUUUAGCUUAUAUAUUCAUGUCUAUGUUACUUUCACACUUCUAUUUAUUAAUUUCAUGAAGUUUGUGGGUUUGCAAAAUGAAAGAAUCGUCAUCUUUUUUAAACCACUAGACUCUUAAUGUUUCAAAUGAAUUUUCCAAUUUCUUUUUGGGCUGAUGUUGUAUCUUUGUUGAUUUUGUUGCGAUGUAGUUCAAUCUCUAGAAUUUGAUCAUCUGAUUCUCUCUCGACUGGAUGCUUGCGCUUGAUUUGGAGAAAGCGGAGCACGUGAUGCUCUUGAGGUUGGAGCCUUGGAAGAAAGCUUGUAUCUUUGAGGAUGGUCGACUUCAGGAGUUAGAGAGUCUUUUAGCUCUUGGGAGAAUUCUCUCUAGACCUUCUAGAGUCAAAAUUUUCCAACCCCUACAAAUGAGAAGAAUUCCUCUAUUUAUAGAGUUCACUUGUGGGUUUUAUGGGCUUGAACCUAGUUGGUCCAUGGACCAAACCCAUGGGCUCAACCAUAUGGAUUUAGGUUAUAUUUAGUAUUUGGGCUCAUUUAAGCUUUUUUUUUUUUUUUU